CAGGGACUGAAAACAGCUGGAUGGCGGGUUUCCAGGAACAGCGAUUUGAAGAAUUGUUUGGUGGGUUUUUCUUCGAUGAAGACGCCUUAAGUGAGGAUAUAUCAUUGGAUGGGCUGGAGCAAGAACUUGAGGAGCAUAAGAACUACGAUGUGCUGAUAAGUAUUCUAGCCAACGGUGAAAAACAGCGAGAUAUGGCAACCAUGGUGGAAGGCAACCUAGGCGAUAUCGAACAGGAUCUAAUUCAGGACUAUAUCGAAGACAAUGACAGCCUAUUUCUAUUGCGUGAUCAGAUUCACGACUGUGACAUUAUCUUAUCUCAAGUAGGAUCACUUCUUAGCGGAUUUCAGGUCCACAUUGGUUCUAUAAGCUCGGAAAUUAGAAGUCUCCAGGAGAAAUCCUUGGACCUGGGUGUUAGACUGAACAACCGUAAGUUGGUCGAGACAAAGCUUGCAGCAUUUGUCGAAGAAAUUGUUGCUCCUCCUGGUUUGGUGAAUGUUAUCAUUGAUGGAGAGGUAAAUGAUGAAUAUAUUAGGAGUCUAAACAUAUUGAGCAAAAAGUUGAGAUUUGCUCAAGUUGAUCCGAUGAUUAAUGCAUCAAAAGCUCUGAAAGAUAUUAAGCAAGAACUGGAAAGGCUUCGGAGAAAGGCACUAUCAAAGGUGUCCAACCAUAUCACUGAGAUAUUCUCUUCCAUGCGAAAGCCUGGAACUAAUAUCCAAAUACUGCAACAAAAUCUGCUUCAGAAGUAUAGGUAUCUCGUUUUCUUUCUUAAAGAGCAUGGGUUGGAGACGUACAAUGAUGUCUGUGCAGCGUAUGUUGAUAAAAUGAACAAGGUGCUGAGUGCAGAUUUCCGUGUGUACGUAGAAGCAUUGGAGAAGUUGAAGCUAGAUAUUGGUGUAUCCAGUGAUGUGAUUGGAUAUGACACCAAUAUCGUUGACCUUAUAACAAAGGGGAGAGAGCAGUUGAGAAAUCACCGCUUUAUGUUUUCCUUAGGUGAACGGUCAAACAUUUUGAAGGAGAUUGAUCAGCCUGGUUUGGUACCUCGUAUAUCUGAAGCCAACUCUCUAAAAUACCCAUAUGAAGUUAUUUUUAGGAGUCUACAAAAGCUUCUGAUGGACACUGCUAGCUCUGAGUAUCUUUUUAUCGAAGCGUUCUUUGGCGAAGAAUCAUUGUUUUAUAGAGUUUUUGAAGGACCUUUUACAGUAAUUAAUGAACAUUUGAAGGUCACUCUUCAAAAUUUUCAUGAUGCAGUAUGCCUCAUGCUCAUGAUCUGCAUAACCAAGAAACACCAGUUGGUUAUGUCCAACAGGCGGCUUCCUUGUCUUGAUACAUAUUUGGAUAAGGUUGUCAUCUAUCUCUGGCCACGUUUCAAGACAGUGUUUGAUAUGUAUAUUCACAGCUUGUAUCAAUGCGACCUGAAAAUAUUAUGGGUGGAUGGGACUCAUCCACACCACAUUGUAAGGUGCUAUGUGGAGUUCACAGCAUCCCUUGUUCAGCUUAAUGCUGAAUGCGGAGAUGGUCAGCUUGAUAUGAGCUUGGAAAGGUUGCGGUUAGCUGUUGAUGACUUACUCCUUAGAUUUUCCGGAAAGUUUGCAACUCCGAAACUGCGACACCUGUUUCUCUUGAAUAAUUAUGACAUGUCCAUCUCUAUCCUGAAGGAAGCCGGUGAUGAUGCAAAAAAAUUGCAAAUAUAUUUUGAAGAGAAGCUGGAAAGUAGCCUGGUGUCAUUUGUGGAUGAAUUGCUUAUGGAAUAUUUUGGUGAUUUAAUUAAAUUUGUGAAGAGCCACAUUUCUGAAGACCUGAUUUCUUACACGGAGCCCCCAAAAAUUGCUGAUGUGGAGCCAGUUGUGAAGAACUUUGCUGUGAAGUGGAAAACUGCUCUAGAGCUCAUGCACAAUGAAGUUGUAACUUGUUGCAGUAAUCUUUUGUCUGGUAUGGCGAUUCUAAAAGCAGCGAUGGCUCAGUUGCUUAAUGACUACAACAGACUCUCAGAAUGUGUUAAGAUGAUCCCAGGUGGAUCUUCUUUGAACAGGAAUCUGGUUUCUAUCACCACGAUUUCAUACGAAAUCAGGAAAUAUUCAAGACCACUCUAGUUACUCGAGUGGUAUGCUAGCUGGACGCAUAUCUACUGCGUAUAUCCAAUAAAGGCUCAAAUGUUGGAAUAAACUCUUGAGAUCCAUGCUGGGGAGAAACUUGUGCUUCUGUCAAAGAAAUAGUAAAAAAGCUGAAAAAUGCUUUAGCGUUUAUAUAUUUAAUCCCUCCUGACCAAAUAAUGUCGCUGGAUUACAAAACUAGACAAAAUUACAAUUUUGGAUAUUCUGUACAUUAUUCUUAUACUGCUUAUUUUCUUGGAUGUAUUGUUGCUGAAGACACUCUUCAAUGCUGACAUAGUCACAGAUUA